AUGGGGCACCCGCAGCAGCACGGCGCGCUGCUCCCGAAGCGCAUCAUCCUCGUCCACCACGGCGAGUCGGAGGGGAACCUCUCGCCAUCGGGGCAAGCCACCACCCCGGACCACAAGAUCCCCCUCACCCCGCUCGGGGUCGCGCAGGCCCGCGCCGCCGGGGACCGGCUCCGCACCCUGGUCGCCGGCGGCGGGGGGGAGUGGCGGGUCUACUUCUACGCGUCGCCGUACAAGCAGACGCAGUCGAUGCUGCGGGAGAUCGGGCGGUCGUUCAGGCGGGGCCGGGUGAUUGGGGCGCGGGAGGAGUGCCGGAUCAGGGAACAGGACUUCUGGAACUCCCAGGUGGUGGGGAGGAUGAAGGUGGUGAAGGAGGCCAGGGAGCGGUUCGGCCGGUUCUUCUACCGGUUCCCGGAAGGGGAAUAG